AUGUCUGCUCCCUCAAAACGCCGACGGGCUGUCUUAGCCUGCAAUUCUUGUCGUCACCGUAAAUCCAGAUGCGACGGUGGCCGGCCCUGCGCCCAAUGUAAAGAACUCGGAUGCGAGUGUCUUUACCAGGAUGUUGGCCCAUCAUGCAAUCUUACGGUCGAAAAAAGCUACUUGGCUCGGCUGGAACAUCGUAUUCAAGACAUAGAGGCUUCCCUCCGCAGGUUGGAGAACAACCAGACUAGCGGUUCCAAUCCCGGCUCUUCGGAGCCCAUUCAAGCCUCUGCGAGGAAUGACGCCCACAUUCUCAAUAAUGGAGUAACACUACUGACUCCUCCUAAAUCGGACGCUCCGACGCGCUCGAAUUAUGUCACUCAUGACAGAGCCGAGUUCGGUGAGAUCGAUAUCUCUGAAAACCCGAUCGAUGGCAUGGGUGCUAUCAACUUCACAGACGAAGAGGAUUGCGGUUUCUUCGGGCCGUCAUCCAAUAUCGCGUUGCUCCGCCAUAUCUCCCGUGCCAUUGCGCGGGGAAAUGCACGCACCCCCGAUGUGCCCUCGCUAUCAUCUUCAAGUCAAACAUGUGGAGGCAUGUUGAAUGUCUCGAGAUCUCGUUCUUCCGAUGAUUCACGGAGUAGAGGCCAGGCACUUAGUAAGAAUGAGGUGAACAUCUUUGCUCUUCCAUCGGAAGAUCGCACCUGGAGCUUGAUACAGAUCUACUUUGAAAAAACUGGUCAGCUGCUGCCUUUUAUACACGAGGCAUCGUUCUGUGAGACAUAUUUUCGGAUGCGAGCCGAUAACUUCAAGCGAGUGCGCCGGACGUGGCUUGGCUUACUGAAUAUUAUUCUCGCGAUUUCUACAAGCCUUCACACAGAAAGUGAUUUGCCUGCAGGAAAAAGAAUCGAGGAAUCUGAUAUUCAUUUCCAAAGAGCAAACGGACUCUGUGACCGGGAUUCCAAACGCAACGCAACCUUAGAGAUGGUUCAAUACUUGUUGGUUCUGGGCCAAUAUCUUCAAGGCACCCAGAAGUCGGUACAAGCGUGGACCACACACGGACUGGCUAUAUCGGCUGCUUUCCAGCUUGGCUUGCAUUCUCCCGAGGCCAACCGGCGCUUCUCUCCCUUGGAAAGUGAAAUUCGAAAGAGAACCUGGUAUGGCUGUAUUUUGCUUGACAGAACAUUAAGCAUGACCUUUGGCCGACCAUGUACAGUCCCAGAAUCAUAUGUGAAAUUGGAAAUGCCUCUGCAAGACUUGCAAGUGCUAAGCAGCAGUCCAAAAACGGAAACUUACCGACAUCUAGAUGGCUGGUUCUUUACGGCUGCAAUUAAAUUGUACGUCGUCAUGUUCAAUGUUCUCGACAAUUGUUACUGUCAAAAUCUGGGCUUUGAACACCCGCUCACGACGGCAAAUGCUGUCCCCCAGAUUCUUGAUGGCGAGCACCAGCUCGAGGAAUGGCGCUUUCAAAUUGUGCCUGCGCUCGGUAUUCGACUCUGGCAUGAGCCUUUGCUUGCCGAUGAUCUAGCACAGAUGGAUCACGAGUCGACUAUCCGGCACCGAUUUGGUAUUGUGUUGUCUGUGCGAUAUCAUAACUUGCGCAUCCUACUCUAUCGCAAGUUUCUCGAGGGUUACUUGGAUUCGUAUGGCGCCGACGAGUCUGCUUCUCAAGAUAACAAACUUAUUCAGCACAUGGGUUUCACGGGCGUGCAGAACUGCAUUGAAUCUGCUCAGUCUAUCAUCACCACGGUACAUACCAUCACCUCGUCGACUGGCUGGCGUCGCGGACUGCUCGGUGCCUGGAAUUACUCUCUUUAUUACACUUUUAAUGCCGGGCUCGUUAUAUUCGGGGCUCUCCUAGUUGCUUCAAAAGAGCGCCUGCAUUAUCCAGAGCAGUGGAGCUCAGUGGAACUAUGCCGACCUUACCUCGAUCUGGCCGCCGAGGCUUUACGCAGGUUAGAUUCGGGUAACCGGGUGAUUGAGCGCUGUGUCGAGUAUCUGUCGCAGCUCUCGAUGAUCCUCAAAGCAGCCACAUUGAGCGAUCCCCCCAAUCUUCAACUCGGGCCCGCUCUGCAGGCUCCAACGUACUCAACAGAAUUCGCAUCGCCACAGGCCGCAAAUUACCCCAUGUGGUCCAACAUGGAUCUUGGCGAGUUUAUGAUGGACAAUGACCUGGAUCUUUUGGGUCGAUUAUUCAACUUCACUCAUGCACAUGAUGCAGGUAUUUAG